AUGUCAUCUGAUGAUGAUUACAACAUUAUUAAUGUUAAUGUUAAUAGUAAUGAAGAUGAUGAUUAUGUGGUGAUUAAGAAGAAAGGGUUGCAAUUAGGAAAUAAUACUAAUAAUUAUGAUUAUGUUGAUGAAGGAUGUGAUAGUAAUAAUUAUAAUGAGAAGAAGAAGGUGUUAGUAGUUGGUGUUGAGAAAGACAAUAAGAUAAAAUUUGAGAUAGUUGUAGUAGAGGAUUUUGAUGUGGCACAAGCAUUGAUUGAUUAUACCAUACACCAUCGAGUUGAGAAUUUGUUUCUUGGUGCCACCUCAUCAUCAUCCAAUGGCUUCUCUAGGCUAUUCAAGAAGAGUAGUUGUUGUACUCCAAACACAGUGCUAAAAUGGGUACCUGAUUUCUGUAAUGUGUACAUAAUCUCUAGACAAGGAAAGUUGAGCGGCGUAAGAAACGCGCGUUGUCCUCUUCCAAUUAUUCCGAGACAUAAUCAAGGCCAUCAUCGUCAAACUCAUCAUCCUUGUCUCGGUCAUCUUCCUCAUGACAUGUUGGUGAGGAGAUCUAGUGGUGAUAUUAAUUCACAUGAUGAGAUUGUAUCAGUAGCAGAGUCAGAUGUGAGUUUUGUAAGCUCAUCACAAAUGAGUACUACAAGUAGUAGUAAAGUAGUAACCAUGUUCAACUCAUUCUCAUCAGACUUUAAUAUUAAAAUUAACUCGUACUCGAGUAAGUCAACUUGUUCACUACCGCCACUCGAUGAUAGUUUUCUCGAUAAAUUCUCUUCGGUUCUUGCGUGUAAGGCUCGUCGACGUCGUUGCACACCACUUCUCUUAACACACAGACUAAAAUCUAUGGAAGAUGAGAUGAGGAGACUUAAAUUAGAGCAAAAUAAUAAUAUAUCAUAA